GGAGAGGAAGAUGGACAGGAGAAAUCUAUGGAAGGAGAUAUUACUCUUCGCAGCCAUGGUUAGUUUAGAGUGCUCCGGCGUGGGCUUAACUGUAAUCUACAAAGAAGCUACUUUGAAAGGAAUGAGCAACUAUGUCUUCGUCACCUACUCUUUCGCUAUUGCCACACUUGUCCUCCUCCCUUUUGCCUUCUACUUUCGCAUGAGUACUUCAACGGUGCUUCCAUCAGUCAGGUUCCCGUUCAUCUUUAGAAUCUGCUUGCUUGGUCUUACUGGGUCUUUGGCUAUGAUACUUGGCUAUAAGGGAAUAGCUUACAGCUCUCCUACGCUUGCUUCAGCCAUGAGCACCCUCACUCCUGCUUUUACCUUCACACUUGCAGUCAUUUUCAGGAUGGAAAAGCUAAUUUUAAGGAGUGCAAAAACUCAAGCAAAAAUCAUUGGCACAAUAGCAUCAAUAUCGGGGGCACUGGUGGUGGUUCUUUAUGAAGGCCCAACAAUCUUAUCUUCAUCUGCUAAACAUCCAACUUCACUUCAAUUUCUUCUCGGCUCCUCGCUAUCAAGCUGGGUCAUUGGUGGCCUUUUGCUUUCUGUUGAAUAUCUACUUUUCUCAUUCUGGUAUAUUAUCCAGACUGAAGUGAUUAAGAUGUACCCAUCAGAGUUCGAAGUUGUGUUCCUCUACAACUUGAUCUCAACCAUCAUAUGUGCAGUAAUAUGUUUCACGGCGGAAACAAAUUUGAGUGCCUGGAGACUGAGUUCCGAUAUAGCAAUAGUUGCAAUUAUAUACUCGGGAUUCACUGGAACAUCACUGACCACUGUGGUUCAUACUUGGGCCUUACACAUUAAGGGGCCAGUGUACGUUACAUGUUUCAAGCCAUUGUCAAUUGCCAUUGCAGCUGUUCUGUGCUUCAUUUUCCUUGGUGAUGCUCUCUAUCUUGGCAGCGUUGUUGGAGGAGUAAUAAUAUGUGUAGGAUUUUAUGGUGUAUUAUGGGGAAAGGCCAGUGAAGGGAAGAAUGAGGAGGACUCUAGUAUUGUUGCAAUUGAUAGUAAGAGUAAGACCCCUCUGUUGCAGAGCAUUAAAGCUGAAGAAACAAGAGAGGCCUAUUAAACUACAAAAAUAAUAUGUACAAAACUGAAAGAUAUAAUCAUGGUAUUUUAUGAAUUAAAAAAAUG